AUGUUAUCGAAGUCUCCUGAUAAACCACUCCGUGAAGACGAGAACCAAGUGCAACUUGCCGCGAGCCAUGCGCCUGCGACGUCAGGCACCACACUCCUUCCUCGACCAGUUGCCUCAUUGGUCUCGUUUAUAGCCCAGUCAACAUCACUUUCCCUCAGAGUGGGCACGUUCUUUGGCGGUGUCGCUUUGAAUGGCGCCCGAACGACGACUUUGACCGGCCUGGAGUUGGGUCGCGCAGUGGUAGAAGGCAUUUUGACCCGCGCUGGGCGCGAUGUUGCCAUUCGCAGCAGUGAUGAACAUGGCCGGAUAGAGGCAGAGUCGCUAUUAGAGCGAAGUCUAGCGACAUUACAUACUACAGUGACCUCAGCAUCAUUCUUCGCCGCGGCUACCUUCCAUUUCUCGUCGACAACAUUAGCUUCGGUUGCAAAUUUCUCGCAGGCCCUUUUAUCCACACUCGAUGCUAUUCUUGGGUCCACGGAAUCAUCGAGGGCUAUUGCAGCUAUCAUUACUCUCAUUCGUCGCGAGUUCAGGUCUGUUGAUCCAGGUACCAGCGCAGAGACCGUUGGUGUGGGAGAUCUUCUGAUUGGAUCCGUGGGGUUUGCACUUCUUCAGCGCUGGGGCAAAAAGAAUACAGAACGUACGAUCCGAGAAAAAGGUGGAGAUGAAGUGGUGUGGGAUACAGUCAUCCUGGACAACGGCCUACGAGCUGAUGUGGUGGGGACCCAUCAAGUCCAAUUUGCGACUCGAAGCCAAGAAGAUCUUGUCGAACCAGAAAGCGCGUCUUUUGUCAUGCCAGGUAAUGGGGAUGAAGCCUUCGAUGCUGUGCAUCGACGAUCAAGCGUCACCGAGAACUUCGCCGGCUCGCGUCUGUCGCUUUCUUUGGAUGGCCAACAGCAAGUCUCGGACGAAGACAUCCGCUCCUAUAUCGUGAGUCAAUUGCCACCGGGCUGCCAUGCUUCUAUCAAAUCGGAGGUCUUGACGGCGCGGACGAUCACAGUGGACAUCUUCGAUGAUGACAUGGCAGAAAUUGCUCCUCCCCCUGGAACUACAAUGAUUGAAGAGAGAUUUCAUCAUGACCAUCAACACACCAAUGCCGCCGAGCCAGACUAUCAGCGGCUCCCAAAGCAUACUAUGGUAUUUCGAACUGCCUUCAACAAAUCGCAAAGUACGCAGCUACGACCUUACGAUGGCCCUAUUGACCACAGUCCACCAGAGCCUAGUCAUACCCCAUGGCAUGCACCCAUUCCUCCAUCACCAGAGCACACAGGAAGUCAACAUGAUCGAACCCGCUCACAUCCUGAUUCUGGAAGCGAUACUAUAGUUGCCCAACAUGAUGCUAAUUCCGAUUCUAUUGGCGAACAAAGCCAAAAACCUGGGCUCAGAAAGACCUCCUUCACCAAGUUUGCACAACGAGUGAAACCCAAUGGCAGCGAGAAAAGCGACAUCCCCAAACGCUUACCACCGAAAAAGCCGAGCAUAAAGCCACCCAGUUCAUCAGGUUCUGCAAACACUCGUCCACUCGCGAAACCUGUAAAGGGAUCUGCUUCAGCGAGGGAGGUGACUGCACGAGAGCUUUCCAAUCGAUCAGAGCUCAAGAGACGGCCCAACGAGACAGCGGCCUAUCGGCCAGCCACACCCGCUCCGAAUAGAGCUCUGCGGAGAUCGCCUUUUCCUGGCUCGCCUCAAAGCCCCCAAUCGCCUCGCGUGCAGACCAAACCAAUCACUGGACAUCAUAUUCCCGACAGGACGAGUUCAAGGGCUGGUUAUUUUGCAGUGCGUGAACAGAGCCAGGAGUCUCUCUUGACUCACACCGAUACUUUCUCACGACGAAAUAGGGACAUGCGUCCUGGAUCACCUGUGGCAACCCGAGCCCAUGUUCGCAGUAGCAGUUCCCUAUCAGUGACUCACUCUGAGACGGAUGGAACUCUUUCUGUGAAGGAUCAUCGGUCCGGUUCACCCGCACUGCACCGACGAUCUCAAUCCUAUACGCCCAGCAUGUACUCAGUCGCUACUGCUGGCUCAGAUACGUCGCUUAUUUUGGCGCAUCGGCCACGCAAUAGCGCAUAUGAAGAAGCGAGUACUAUCCAAGCGCUAAACCGUGACGGUGUUGUGCCGGGCAUCUUCCCCGAAAGACAUUUUGUGCAAAAUAUUAGACGGUUCUGUCGUUUCUCCUCUGCAUCUUACGGUGCUAGCGCGCUGAAGGUCAUGGGCGUCCACGUACACCAAGGAACCAAUUCUCUGCCUCACAUCCCAUCAGAUCGUCAUGAGCAUAGUGCAUUCUCAAAUUAUGCGGGCCUUCCGCCAUCCACAAUUCUCUUGUCUUCCUUCGUCGAUCCUUCAGGCGGCUCCAAUGCAGCGGGUGAAACUGAAAGCGGGUUCCCGCUCGUGCACUAUCUAUCCAUAGAUCACGAAUCCAAGGCAGUGGUCCUGACUCUCCGGGGGACGUGGGGUUUCGAGGAUAUUCUCACAGACAUGACCUGCGAUUAUGAUGAUCUGGAGUGGCAAGGCAAAAACUGGAAGGUGCACAAAGGCAUGCAUUCCUCUGCCAUACGACUACUAGAGGGUGGCGGCGGCCGUGUAAUGAUCACUUUGCGAGCUGCACUUGAAGAGUUCAACGACUACGGCGUCGUCCUUUGCGGCCACUCCCUCGGAGGCGGCGUAGCAGCCCUGCUAGCCACAAUGAUUUCCGAACCAAGCAACGACCCGAUAGGGACCUCCUUCGUCACAGCCUCCUACCAGCUCACUAGCAGGCCCCGUCUUCUCAACACAGACACUGACGCCGGCCAAAAUACCCCAACACCAGCACUUCCAGCCUACGACUUACCUCCAGGCCGCCCAAUUCACGUCUACGCCUACGGCCCACCAGCCGUGAUGUCCCCAUUCUUGCGGCUCGCCACACGCGGUCUGAUAACAACCAUCGUGAAUGGCCAAGACGUCGUCCCCAGCCUCUCUCUUGGCAUCUUACACGAUAUGCACACAGCAUCACUCGCAUUCAAGAGCGACAUCACCGGUGCAAAGUCGCACGUCCGCCACCGACUGCACGAGAGCCUACGCCAGAGCAUCAUCCACAAGUUCUAUGUCAACCAGCCGCCGCAUGUGAUCAAUGCCGGCGAUGGCGUCGGCGAGGACGCCUGGGCUUGGAAGACGUUGCGCCAGCUACGCGACGAGAUGCGCGCUCCUAAGCUCGUUCCGCCGGGCGAGGUGUUCGUUGUAGAGACCAUGCGCGUCCUGCAGCGCGACGCAUUCACUCCAGCGCCCGACUUCGCGGCUGAUGCGUAUCCGCGGCUGGGGCGACCGGCGACCAGAGUGCAGAUGCGGUUUAUCCGGGAUGUGAAUGCGUGGUUUGGCGAAUUGCGCUUUGCGUCGGGGAUGUUGAGUGACCAUAACCCGGCACGAUACGAAACUAGCCUCGCAGCACUGGCCAGGGGUGUUUUGGAUGAAUGA